AUGAAUGAUGACGCGACACUACUGACGAUCAACGACAGUCCUCUUCUCUACAACAUCGUAAUGAUUGUGGAAGCAAUCUCCCAUCAAACCAAAGAGAUCCUUCACUUUCAUUACACCCGUUGGUCAGAUUUCAGUGUUCCUCAAUCUCCUGUAGCAUUCCUUCAGUUCCUGCACCAUGUGAGGCAAUCAGGCUCACUGUUGGACAACGUUGGUCCUCCUGUCAUACACUGCAGUGCGGGAGUAGGAAGAUCAGGGACUCUUUGUCUGGUAGAUACUUGUCUUGUAAAGAUUGAGAAGAAAGGCAAUACCUCGGAAUUGGAUGUGAAGAAGCAGCUACUAGACAUGAGGCGGUAUCGACAAGGUCUCAUUCAGACCUGGCAACAACUACGCUUUUCAUACUGUGCUAUCCUAGAAGGAUCAAAGGUCAUUCUCAGGGGAGAUGACCUGAGUUCAUUAGCAGUAGAAGAUACAGCCUUUUAA